UACUGACAACGUGUCGUCUGUGUGUGUUUACAUUCUAAGCCAAACCGGCAUGUUACCUAAAAAUGACUAUUAAUGUUUUAAAUAUUUAUUUUAUCUUUUUAUAUAAUUAUUCGUUCUAAAUAGUUUUAGAUUUUUUUUUUGCGAUUUAUACAAGAUAUUUUUAGCUUCUUUUGAUAACUACAAAUUGUAGAUAUGGAAGAAAUUGGAAUACCCGUUGAUUUGGAAGUUCAUCCGUUGGGGGAUAAUGGUGAAAUGGAAGUUCUACCAUCUUCUAACAAAAAUAUACUGAGUCCAUCUCAACUUCCAUGUGGCCUUCCCCCUGUUUUGACAGACACAAAGGCAAUGCUGAAUUCCUUCCUUGAAAAUCUAGACCAGUUACCUAUCCUGCAGUUAGAUGCAGUGCAAAGGUUAGUACCUAUUGAACCUAAUAUUUCAUCCUUAUACUCUAUUAAUUUGUGUCCUCUACAAACACAUCUAAGUGUGAAAAGGAAUAUGAUAAGUGGGAAAUUAUUAGGCUUCUGUGAAGAAGAAAAAGAUAUUUUUGAGGGUACUCAUAAGACAUCCACAUCUUUAUCUCGUGCUCCUGGUCCCCCUGAAGCUGGUGUGAAGGGUAGUACUAGCAGCUUUCCUUUCUGGCCUGGUGGCAUGGAUGAGCCUUGGGCAGAUCUCUUGAAAAAAGAAAGCCUUAAUAAAUCUUUAUUUGAGGGAGAUUUACUUGAUACUCCUCCUGGUUUUAAAUGUGGAAUGAAAUUUGAAAGAAAAUCUCAGGAUGAAAUGGAUUAUAUGCGUGCACAACCUCAGAAAAUUUAUUUGUCUGAAGUUUUAUCAAUGGAUGAUACUCUUGAUUUAGAAAUUUUGAAUGAAAUAGAAGAAACAAAAGAAGAAGUGAAUUUAGAAAAAGAUGAAACAGAAAAACAACCUGAACCAAUUGGUACCCAAGAUGAUGUUUUAAAAUUGACCUCUUUACCAGUGUUAAACAUAAGCGAGACCACACCAAAAGCACCUGCACCAAAAUAUGAAUGGGCAGUAAUUGAAGAUGUGAAAUGUGAUGUUGAAGAUUUUCAUGAAAGGAUACCAAAUAUGGCAUAUAAUUGGAAUUUUGAACUGGAUAUUUUUCAAAAAAGAGCUAUAUUACAUUUGGAAAAGAAGGAGAGUGUAUUUGUUGCUGCCCAUACUUCUGCAGGAAAAACUGUAGUUGCUGAAUAUGCAGUUGCACUAGCAAAGAAGAAUGUUACAAGAGUUAUAUAUACUUCCCCUAUCAAAGCUCUUUCAAAUCAAAAAUUCAGAGAGUUCAAGAAAUCAUUUGAAGAUGUGGGUCUUAUAACUGGAGAUGUUCAAAUCAAUCCAACUGCAUUUUGUCUUAUUAUGACCACAGAAAUAUUAAGAUCAAUGCUUUAUCAUGGCUCGGAUGUUAUAAGAGAACUGGAAUGGGUCAUUUUUGAUGAAGUUCAUUACAUCAAUGAUGCAGAACGUGGAGUUGUUUGGGAAGAAGUCUUUAUUAUGCUACCAGACCAUGUGAAUUUAAUUAUGCUGAGUGCAACUGUUCCAAACACUGCUGACUUUGCAGAAUGGCUUGGUGGUAUCAAGAAAAGAAAAAUAUAUGUCAUCAAAACACUCAAGCGUCCUGUGCCUUUAAUUUAUCACCUUUACACUGGCAGUGUUGGAAAAAAUGAAAAAAACAUGUUUAAAAUAGUAGAUAUUUCUGGGAAAUUUUUAGAUGAUAAAUACAUGGAAGCUUGCAGAAGUAAAGAGAAGAAAGAUACUAAAUCAAAGUCAACUGGGCCGAAAGGCCCCAAAUAUAUUAUAACUCCUGCUCAGGAGAAAAAUGUGUAUAUUGGUCUUCUGGAACAUCUGCAGAAAAAUGAUCUCCUUCCUGCUGUAUGUUUUACAUUUUCAAGAAAAAAAUGUAAUGAGCAUGCAGAAAUGUUGACAAGUCAGAAUCUUGUGACAAAAGAAGAAAGGAAUAGAAUUCAUAAAUUUUUUCAUCAAAGCAUUACACAGUUGAAAAAAGAAGACCAACAACUUCCACAGAUUAAACUAAUGGAAGAGCAAUUGGAACGUGGCUUUGGAGUGCACCAUAGUGGUAUUUUGCCCAUUCUUAAAGAAAUAGUUGAACUGCUGUUUCAAGAUGGAUUAGUAAAGGUCCUGUUUGCUACAGAAACAUUUGCAAUGGGUGUGAAUAUGCCAGCCAGGACUGUAGUAUUUGACUCUAUACGUAAGCAUGAUGGGUUAAAUUUUCGAUAUCUAGAACCAUCCGAGUUUAUUCAAAUGGCGGGACGAGCAGGUCGUCGUGGCCUGGAUAAGGAGGGAAUAGUCAUUGUGCUUUGUAAAGCUGAUGUACCAGAUCCCAUUUCUCUUAGAAAUAUGAUGCUUGGCCAACCAACUAAACUCCAGUCACAAUUUAAAUUAACCUACAGCAUGAUCCUUAACUUGCUAAAAAUAAAAACUUUCAGAGUUGAAGAUGUAAUGAAACGGUCAUUUGGAGAAUCUGACAAUCAGAAACAGCAAAAGAAUUAUCAGGCAUUGCUUCAUGAUGCUACAAAUAAAUUAAACUCAGUAUCAGAACUGGAUUGUUCUAUUUGUAAUAUUGAUAUCAACAAAUAUAUCCAAGAAGUAAAAGAAGCUACAAACCUACGGGAAGAAGUUAUGGAAAAGAAAUGCUCUCAAGUUGCAAAUAAGUUAUUUACACCUGGUCGUGUUCUUGUCAUUUCAAACUCUCAGUAUCAAAAUGUUCUUGGUACAUUGCUGGAUGUAGAUAAAGAAAACAAAUGUAAAGUUCUAGUUAUUACUGGGAAAAAAACACUGGAGAAUGGCCAAAACAGCACAUCUAAAGACAGUCUGUGCCCAUGGACUAAUAAACUGUUUUAUCCAAAUGAGAAACAGCCUGAAGUUUUAACAAUUAUAUUUAAAGAAGUAUCUGUCAUUGGAAAUAAAGUAUUACGGAUUGAUGAAAAGGAUAUAUUAAAACAAUGGAGCAGGAUGAAAAUUCAGAAUUCCAAUCCAAGUUAUUCCAUUAGUUCAGCAUUUCAAGAAUUAUGCUCUGUUUGUGAAGCAAACCUCAAUGGACUUCCAUCAGCUAAUAUAAAUUUGAAAGAUCUGACUUUAAAAGAUGUUGGUAAUUUUGUUGGCAAACUUCGUCGUUUGGAAACAUUGGAAAGCUCCCUACAAGAUUUCAAAUGUGUAAAUUGCCCUGAUUUUUCAAAGCAUUUUUCUGAACAAUUAGCUGUUUUGGAACUUAAAGAAGAAAUUAAGAAAUAUAAGCAUAAGCUCUCUGAAGAAAGCCUUUCUCUGCAUCCUGAGUACCAAAUGCGAAAAAAUGUAUUAAAAUCUUUAGAAUACAUUGAUCAAGAAGAAAAUGUUCAGUUGAAGGGUUGUGUUGCUAGAGAAAUGAGCAAUCAUGAACUUCUUAUAACAGAAUUGCUUGUAAAGUCAGUUUUUGGUGAUUGUAAACCAGAGGAUGUGGCUGCGUUGCUGUCUUGCAUGGUUUUUCAACAAAGGUGUGAUGAUUCCAAUUUAGAGCUUCCAGUUCAUUUGGCUAAGAAAGUUAAAGAAAUUAAGGAAGUGGCUAUGCUUAUAUCUGAGGAACAGGAAAGAAACUGCAUCAAUGAACCAUAUUUUGUAGAUCAAUAUAAUUUUUACUUGGUAAAUGUGGUUUAUGAAUGGGCAAGAGGCACAGUGAGUAUUUUUGUUAUAUUUUGAAUAAUAAAUGUUCAU